UUCGAGGCAAGCAGCAAAAAGAGCGAACAAAACGACGCGUGCAGCCAAAGCCACCAAAAGAGACAACCAACACCACACAACACACACCACCACCCCCCACCAAGCAAGCACAAAGUGGGAAGAUAGCAAAAUGGGAACCGUGGUGAUGCCGCAGGCGGCUUUCGCCUUCCCUGAUGCGGUGCGUGCCCCGGUGGACACCUGGAACGCCGUGUCGACACUCGAUAUGCUGUCACCCACGUUCACCACGCACACAGUAACGGCUGCUGGUGACAGCAACCAUGGCGCCCACAGCACCGGCAACAACUCAUCCUCGCACGAUGACGGAUCUGACGGUGAUGAUCAGCACUAUUCGAACGACAGAAGUGGAGGACAGGGCGACGAGCACGACCACAACGACAACAGCCCAAGUGGCGGUGGUGGUGGCGGCGCAAACGACGACAACAAUGGAGACGAUGACGAAGACAAUGACAACCACAACCUCGAUCAAGACGAUCAAGAGGAAGAGGAAGAGGAGGAGGAAGAAGAAGAUGAUGAUGAAGAGGAGGAUCAAGACAAGGUGUCACUGGUGGCAAUUGACCCCAGCGGCGCCACAAAGACCGACACAGCCCGCGAGGGCAAGCGCAGCAGCGGCAGUGCCGCAUCAUCGCCAAGCAAGCGCGCAAAGGCUGCCAUGGAUACCACCCGCGAUGACGAAGGAAAUGCCAUUAGCCAGGAAAAGGGAGAAGAACAUGUGGGAGGAGACGUUGACACAGCAUCACAGCACGCGCAUGACGCCGGCGCCACGGCACCUGGCGCCGCAAUCACCACCAACAACAGCAACAAUGACCCAGGCGCUGAUGGUGAUGACAGUAACGAUGAUAAUGGUGAUCGUGGUGGUGUUGAGGAUGGUGGCAACGAGCGUGAGGGCGAUGGAAACAACAGUGGCGAUGAUGAUGAUGAUGAUGAUAAUGCUGACGGUGACGAUGAGGGUGAUGAUGACGAUGAUGGCGAUGAAGGAAGUGGCGACGGCAGUGGCGACGGCAGCAGUGAUGACGAGAGCGGCAGCGGUUCAAGCAGCGAAGAAGACGAUCCCACCGCCACCGUCAUCAGCGGCCAAACGAUGCGCUACAACCUUGAGCGGCUCAACCCGUAUCUCAUGUGCCGCCUCUGCGACGGCUACCUCAUCGACGCCACCACCCUCUCUGAAUGCCUCCACACAUUCUGCAAGUCGUGCAUUGUCAACUUUUUUGAGAGCAACAACUCCUGCCCCGUCUGCGGCACCCUCGCACACGAGAUCAACCCACACGACACGCUCAGGCAAGACCGUACCAUGCAGACGAUUGUGUACAAGCUUGUGCCAGGCCUCCUUGAAGAUGAGACGCAUCGGCGGCGUGUGUUUGAGGCCGAGCUCAAUGGCGAAGAGCUCCCGUCACCGACACACGAUACCGCUGCCGGUGAUGACGAAAGCAACAGCGCGCACGAGACAGACGACGAGGAAGCAAGGAAGGAGGCGGAGGCACGGCUGAAGAAGAACCCCGAACUGCAGGUCUCGUUCAUGCUCGAACCCGAAGAACUCAGUGAAGACAUUGAGAAGAUGACGCCGCGCAACCACGGCGCCAAGGAGAAGCUUGAGCGGCCGUUUGUGCGCACGUCGGCCAAGGCGACAAUCAUGCACCUGAAGAAGUUCCUUGCCCACCGCCUCAAACUCGCCGGCGCAGAAGAGGUUGACGUGCUGUGCCGUGGGGAGGCACUUGGCAAAGAAUACACCAUUGAAUAUGUACUGCGCACCCGCUGGCGGAAGCCAAGCCAGCUCAUGCUCACCUACAGACCCCACAUUGACGUCGGCAACGAUAGAAAAUAGGGUCAUGUCAUUGAUGACCGCCUCCAACCCUCCAUUUGUAAUCGGCCCCACACGUCAUCCCACUUCACUCUCGACCCAUGCGCGUGUAUGCCACAGAGCACAGAAAAACAGCCCACAUCAUCAACCACCACCAUGUCUUACUUGCUUCGCCUCGCACCUUGCUUGAUCGCUCGUGUUUGCUCCUGCCUAUCCCCCCCCCCGUGCCAUGCUUAUUGUGCGUGCGCUGAAGCGUGCGAGUUGUGCUUUCAACGUGUAUUUGAUCAAACAAGAACAGCAUGACAGACGCAUGAGACGCAAACGCUCCAACAUGCAGCGGAACAAACCAA